AUGGAUUUAUCGGUUCGGGCGAGUCCUCCCGGAGCUCCAAUCAAGACCGAACUCCAGGACGAUGGCGAUCGGAGCUCUCCCGAUGCCGUGACCCGACUCUCGAGGUCUCCGAGCCCAACGAACGUCAAGAGCGAGCUGCCCAAACUGUCGGACAAAGAAGACGCGUGCUCGAACUCGAAUCCCUUUUUGAAAUUGUUUCCCCAAUUGGACGCGAGAGGAGCUGCUCUGGUGGGCUUUCCGAUGCCGCAGAUUCCGGGCUCACCGGCUCUGUGGCCAUCGGGACUCUCGCUACCGGGCCUUGGCCUGCCAGUCGACCUCGCACAGUUAGCGGCUCUCAGACAACCUUAUGAACUUGCGAGACACCUAUUCCAAGCCCAACAGAACUCAAACUUGCACAUGGGGAAAAUGUUGCUCGAGCAACAGCAACAACAACAACAACAGAAAUCCCCUGUGUCCUCGGGAGGAACCGCAUCCCCUGUGAAUGCAGUUUCGACCGCAGUCCCCACUGGAGUCAACGCCGCCGGAAUGAUGUCCGCUAACCGUGGAGUAAUCGGCGGUUCGAAGCCAAAAGUUGCCACCCCUCAAGUUGUAGCGAAAAUUGAGUCGUACAAGCGAGAGAAUCCGACCAUCUUUGCUUGGGAAAUCAGAGAACGACUCAUUUCGGACGGUGUUUGCACGAACAGCACAGCGCCCUCCGUCAGUUCCAUCAAUCGAAUUCUCAGAAAUCGGGCCGCUGAACGAGCAGCUGCCGAAUUCGCCCGAGCAGCUGGCUACGGUGCAGUUGGUGGCAUGCCGCUAGGAGUCCUAUCGGGACAAACUCAAACCCCGCCCCCUCCGCCGCACAUUUGGUCUCCGGCGUUCCUGUCGCACAUGAACCCUCUCCAACACCCACAACCACAGCAACAGCAUCACUUGCGAGCCGCGGACCUGGACUCACAGUUGGACCGCGAACGAGGGAGCGGCGACGAGUCUAACGGGGCCGACUCGGACGAUACGGACCGACCAAAGUUCCGUCGGAACAGAACCACGUUCAGCCCGGAGCAAUUAGAGGUUCUCGAGGAGGAGUUCGAAAAAACUCACUAUCCUUGCGUCGAUACCCGUGAGCGCCUCGCCUCGAAAACGGGUCUGUCCGAAGCCCGUGUGCAAGUUUGGUUCUCGAAUCGACGCGCAAAGUGGCGUCGGCACCAACGCAUGAACUCCCUCGGAAACCCGAAGGGGGGGCCACCGGCUUCCUCGCCUUCGAUAUCGCCGGCGCCACCCUCUCCGCCCCCAUCAUUCAAUGGGGGUACCGUGAAAGUGAACGGUCUAAAUCACCCAUUUUCGAUCAACAAUGUUCUCAUGCACCUUUCACAGCACGCUGCCGCAUCGGGGGCGAAUCUAUCCCCACUUGCCGUCUCGAGCCAUCUCUCCGCUUUCUCCAAACCUAUUCCCGGUAGUCAUCACGCAACAAAAAGUGACGACGACGCUCCGGCGAGUCCGAUCAAAGUAGAUUAG